UUUCGGCACCGAUUUUUCAACUAUCAAAAAUGUUGUUGGAUUUGCGCCGGUCACGCAAAUCUGGUUGUCUAUCAAUUUUUCUUGUAUUGACAUUUCAAGAGGCUUCCUACCUCGUCCGAUAGAAUAGUUUUGUUCUAAAAACCAGCAUUUAUUGUACAUUUUCAAAACAAAUGGGAAAGCAAAAUAAUACAAAAAUGGGUGUGGAAACUAAAAGUGUUCGUCAAAGGAAGAAAUCAGAUAAAUCAAAUGAUAGUGAACAAGAGGUGGUGGUGAAGAAAGACUCAGCCGUAAAUGGCGAUGAAAAAAGUUCGAAGCAGAGAAAACAGAAAAAGCCUGCGUCCAUUUUAACAAGUUAUCGAAUUUGGACACGUUUGGUUAUCGUUUCUGCUGUCCUCAUAAUCGGCUAUUUUACUGCAAAUAAAAAUAAAGAGCGACCAUUUGCUCUGCGACGCGAAAAAAUUGUAUUAAGAACACAAAAUGUCGACUGUUCGCCGGAUUAUUUGAAUGAAAUUGCUGGAUUCAAAACGUGCGUUCCGAAUAAAUGCGGCCGUUUUGUGAGCGAUAGUUUGGUCACAGAACAAGAGGCCAAUCUAUUAUUGGACCUUGCUAUCAAAGGCUUAUCGUUCGGCGGUGGUUCUGGCGGUGUAUCGAUCCUUGACUUGCACUCUGGCGCCCUUUCCAAAAAUGAAAAUUUUGUCAACAUUUAUACACUGCCUGAGGCUAAGGGCUUUUUAAAUGAUGAAGUUUUGAAAGCAUACAAGAUUAUUCGAUUAAAAAUAGCCAAAGCUAUUGCGGAUAAAUUUGCCAUCGAUGUGAACGCAAUUUAUCUCACUCAUCCCACAUUCAUUUCCCGAAUUGACAAUACAACGGCAAAAACCGUUCACGAUGAAUAUUGGCAUCCUCAUGUAGACAAAGAAACAUACAGUUCAUUCCAUUACACAAGUUUAUUGUAUUUAAAUGAUCAUCGUCGUGAUUUUACUGGUGGUCGAUUUAUAUUCAUCGAUGUAAACAAAGACGAUAACCGAACAACGUACUCAUCGAUUGAGCCGAAGAAGGGACGCGUCAGUGUGUUUACAUCAGGCGCAGAAAAUAUUCAUCAUAUCGAAAAAGUUACAAUGGGCACCAGAUACGCAAUGACUAUAUCAUUUUCGUGCAAUCGUGAAUUUGCCAUCGCUGAUCCAGCCGAACAAAAGCACACCGACAAAAAAUGAAAAGACGAUGGAAAUGUUAAAAAUGAAAAGUGAAAUUAUACACAUUCCCGUAUAAAAAGAUACACUACCGAUAUCAGAUUGUAAAUAUAUAAUUGAAUCUGUGUUUGGAGAAAAUAGUCAUAUUUGCGUAAAUGUUGCCGUGAGUUUUUAAUUCGAUCUUAGGUAAAUUUGAUUGCUAGUGAUUUAGUCGAAUCGGUUUUUUUGGUUUUUAGACUAUCAUAUCAUUAAACAGACAAAAUAAAUAACUGAAACAACCACAACAA